AUGGCCGGCCAGCGGUACCGCGCGCGUUGCGAGCCCGGCCCAGACACGGACGACACCGUGCUGUCCCCUGCCGGCUCGCCAAUAUCCAACAAGGCUCUGCUCUUCAACGACACCAUGCGGCUGCAUAUGCCGACGGCGCGGCCGACAGGCACGGCCUCCAGGUCUAUGGAGCCCGAUAGCCCGGCAAAGCCACGUCCGCCCUCCAAGCAGCCGGCUCCUCCCACGGUGGCGCAGUCGGCGCCGUCGGCACCGGGUCUAGCCUUCGCGGACGACGCGGUGACGUCGCGGCCCGCGUCGCUCUCGUCGUUCCGGCCGGACGCGCCGCUGCACGCGGCGGCGGCCGGCUCGCCCGAGCAGGUGCGCUCGAUGUUUGGCGGUGCCUCGCGAGCCGAGAUCCUCAGCUACCUGCAGACGGCGCGCGAGCGGCAGCUGACCACCGAGGCAGAGACCGAGUACGGCUGGGGCGCGCCGGACUGCACCGGCCACACCAGCCCGCGCAGCUCCAACAGCGACUCUUCCGAGUACGGCAGGCCCGCCAGCUCCAAGGGCGGCCGCUGUCUGUCGGCGGAGGUGGAGCGGACAGACUCGGGCGUCGGCUCGGAGACGAGCAAGGCGCCGGUGCGGUCGGGCCAGCUCGGCGCCCACGACUGCGACGACUGCCGCCAGCCCGUACAGACCCAGGUCACCGACAGCGGGGUGCGGUUCGACCCGUCCGUGUGCAGGAAGUGCCACAAGAAGCGUCAGGAGCGCAAGGAGAUCCUGACCGAGAUCGUGGAGACGGAGCUCAAGUACGGCCGCGACCUGCGCGUCAUGCUGGAGGAGUUCUACCGGCCGAUGCUGGUGGCCGGCCUGCUGACGCAUGAGCAGCUGUCGCAGAUAUUUCUCAACGUGGAGGAGCUGCUGGAGGUGAGCCGCCAGCUGACAGCGCGGCUCAAGGAGGCGCUGGAGGCGGCGCUCAACCAGGGCGACGACGACCUGCUGUCGGUCAGCAUCGGCGACGCCUUCCUCGACGGCCUGGACAACACGCUGAGGGCGUUCGAGACUUACUGCACCAAGCAGGGCGCUGCAUCCCUUCUUCUCGCCAAUCUGGAGAAAGAGAAGGAGCUGCUGCGCGUCUUCCUGAAGGUCUCCCAGAUGGAGAACAACCUCUUGCGGCGCAUGAACCUCAGCUCCUUUCUCAUGGUACCGAUCCAGAGGGUGACCAAGUACCCGCUGCUGCUGUCGCGCCUGCGGAACGUGACGCCGGUGGGCCACGAGAGUGGCGCACCGCUGGCCGACGCCCAGGAGCGUAUUGAGCUCCACCUGGAGCACAUGAACGCGACGGCCAAGGACAGCGGCGGAUCUCGCAUCUGGAGGCGCAUCUCCAUGAUGGGCGGCGCCGCCACGCCCAUCAAACGGAGCGUCUCCGAGCAGGACAUCACGACCCUCCGGCUGCGCAAGUUUGGCCUGGAGACGCUGGAGUGGCCGGCCGAGGAGUCCAGCGUUGCACUCGACGGCCGGCUGCUGUACACGCUGCCGUCGGAGAACAACUGGACGCGGCGCGGCCGGUUCUCGGUCCGCAUGACGGCCGUGCACGCGCUGCUGGUGACGCUGGGAGGCGCGCCGGCCGACUGGAGCGCCCAGCUGGGCGGCCAGCGGCCGCUGCUGCCGCGCACCGGCCGCCUCCGGCAGACGGCGCUGCUGCUGGUCAAGGACAAAGCGCCCGGACGUAUGGCGCUGGCCAGGGACCCGAUAAAUCUGGACAAGUGCAUCAUUUGCACAGAUCCGGAGGUUCGAGACUGCUUUGAAAUUCACGAGCACACAACCAAAGAAUCACUCAUUGUCAAGGCAGAGGACGCCGAGCGGACAGAACUGUGGCUCCGGCACCUGCAGUACUUCGCACAACGCCUCGGGGGCUGGAGAAAGCGGCGCAACGGCCUGGCCAACAUCAUGAUAGGCCUUUCCGACGUGUAGGUGCUGCCACCUAGGCAAUGCUGUGACACCUGGUGCUGCCAUCUGUGAUAAUCAGCCGACGCACACCCGUCAGGCCGGCUGAGCGUCAAGCGGACACGGCCUGCGUGCGCUGCUGACCUGUCCGUGACCCGCGCGCGACGGCGGCCCCUCCGCGGCACGGCAACCGUGCUGGCGGCCUGGUGGGUCUGGGAAGAGUUAACCGUAGGCGUGAGGCUAAUCCGGGAAGCGGCGAGUACGACGUAGCAUGCGUGCUCUCGCGGCUUGUGUAGCGUUUGUCAGUGCUAAUAUACGCCAAACAAAA